CCCUGUUUGUUCUCUAAUUUGUUCUUCUCUGCUUCUUCUGCCCCAAUUCGCGUUUAUAUGUUUGUUUUUGGUUGGAUCCGUUGGAGUUCUGUCAUUCCUAACUGUAUCGGGCACUUUGUUUGGUCCCCUGGAAAGCGCGAGAAAAUCAAUCGUCUCUAUUUUCAUUUCAAUUCACCAUCCCAUUUGUUUCUCACUCUCCUCUUUGUUGUCAAUCACCAAAAGGGUUUUAUUGGUUUGAUGUUGAAGAUGAUGAACUAAAAAUUGGAGCAUUGAUUAUGCCAAUGCGGCUGUUUCCGUUGAGCUCAAGUUCGAGCUCAAGCUCCAGCUCAGACAAGGAGCAGGGUAGUAAAGGCAGCAAUCACGCUUUCUUGUACCUGAAUGUGUAUGAUCUGACGCCUAUAAAUAACUACAUCUACUGGUUCGGGCUUGGGAUCUUUCAUUCGGGCAUUGAAGUGCAUGGGUUGGAAUAUGGCUUUGGAGCCCAUGAGUUCCCUUCAAGUGGGGUAUUUGAGGUGGAACCAAGAAGAUGCCCAGGCUUUAUAUAUCGGCGAUCCAUGUUGUUAGGCAGCACUGCCAUGUCUCGUUCAGAAUUUCGUACGUUCAUGGAACAUCUUUCUGCAAAAUAUCAUGGGGAUACCUACCAUUUGAUUGCUAAGAACUGCAACCACUUCACCGAUGAAGUCUGCCUGCAACUUACUGGAAAGCCCAUCCCUGCAUGGGUAAAUCGAAUGGCUCGACUAGGUUCUUUUUGUAAUUGUCUGGUACCAGAAAGAAUUCAGAUUACAGCAGUUCAGCAUCUUCCUGAUCGUCCAGCCUGUUCUGAUGAUGAUGGAUCAGAUUCUGUGGCAUCAUCUACAGCAGGGAGUGAGGAAGAGGUCGCAGAUCAAAAUCUGCUGACAUCGGCAAGCAGUGAUGUUGCAUUUGUGAAGGAAAAACCUGAGAGGUUGGUAAGGGAAGUUCUGUAGUACGUGAUCUCAGCUACAGGAACAUGUGUCUGCUGGCUUCCUUCAAUAUUUGUUUCCUCCUAUUGUAAAAAUACCCAGAAUCAGUCUGCAUUUGUUUUGUAAUUGUAUGAUUAUGCUUAUAGGGGCAUUGCCAAACAUUGAAACUUUGGAAACUGUUGUGGAGCAGAGAUUGAGCUCAUUGUCUACAAUAUCCGAAAAUUAAUUUUAUAUUAUGUGAGUACGAUCUA